CACUCCCAGACAGCCAUGAGGCGGGCGGCGGCGGUGCUGAGUCUGCUGGCGGCGGCGGUGGGGGCGGUGGGGGCGGCGCACCAGCGCUCCGGCGCGCCGUACUUCAUCCACCAGUGCAGCAAGAGCGACCCGCAAGUGAACGAGUGCAUGAGGGAGGCGGCCAACCACCUGGUCGCCAACUUCAGGAGGGGCAUCCCGGAGCUGGGCUACAAGGAGGUGGAGCCCAUCGUCAUAGACGAGAUCAGCAUCGCGCUGGGCAGCGGGCCGGACGGCUACCGGGGCACCUUCAAGGACAUCGAGGCGUUCGGCGUCAGCAACCUCACCGUGGUCGCCGUCAGGUCGGACUUGGACUCGUUGCAGUUCCAGCUCAGCUUCUACAUCCCCAAGAUCUCGGUGCGGGCUGGCUUCCGCAGCUCCGGGGUGCUCAUCAUGGUGCAGGCGUCCGGCGGCGGCGACUACUGGGGCGAGUAUGAGGGGGUGAAGGCCAAGGUGUACUUCAGGGCGAAGCCACACGUGUACCGAGGCCGGCGCUACCUCGUCAACGAGGAGCUCAAGAUGGACUUCGCCGUGAGGAGCAUCAGGAUGGGGAUCGAGAACAUCCAUAACGGCAACACCGUCAUACAGGCGGCUCUGAACCUGAUGAUCAACGCCAAUGCCCAGGACCUGCUGAAGGAGAUGAAGCCGGACCUGCAGCGCAAGCUGGUCACCAUCAUGGAGCACUUCCUCGACAACCUGUUCGCCAAGAUCCCCUACGACAUGUGGCUGACCGACUAGCUGUCCCUGCUCGGUCCACCACCUCUUCGCCAAGAUCCCCUACGACAUGUGGCUGACCGACUAGCUGUCCCUGCUCGGUCCACGUCCUCUCCGCCAAGAUCCCCUACGACAUGUGGCUGACCGACUAGCUGUCCCUGCUCGGUCCACCACCUCUUCGCCAAGAUCCCCUACGACAUGUGGCUGACCGACUAGCUGUCCCUGCUCGGUCCACCACCUCUUCGCCAAGAUCCCCUACGACAUGUGGCUGACCGACUAGCUGUCCCUGCUCGGUGCACGACCUCUUCGCCAAGAUCCCCUACGACAUGUGGCUGACCGACUAGCUGUCCCUGCUCGGUCCACCACCUCUUCGCCAAGAUCCCCUACGACAUGUGGCUGACCGACUAGCUGUCCCUGCUCGGUCCACCACCUCUUCGCCAAGAUCCCCUACGACAUGUGGCUGACCGACUAGCUGUCCCUGCUCGGUCCACCACCUCUUCGCCAAGAUCCCCUACGACAUGUGGCUGACCGACUAGCUGUCCCUGCUCGGUCCACCACCUCUUCGCCAAGAUCCCCUACGACAUGUGGCUGACCGACUAGCUGUCCCUGCUCGGUGCACGACCUCUCCGCCCAGAUCAUCCACCAGUGGACCUUUGGACCACCUGCUUCUCCUGUUGAACAUGUGGCUGGCCGACUAGCUGUCCCUGCUCGGUCCACGACCUCUCCGCCCAGAUCAUCCACCAGUGGACCUUUGGACCACCUGCUUCUCCUGUUGGACAUGUGGCUGACCGACUAGCUGUCCCUGCUCAGUCCACGACCUCUCUGUCCAGAUCAUCCACCAGUGGACCUUUGGACCACCUGCUUCUCCUGUUGGACAUGUGGCUGGCCGACUAGCUGUCCCUGCUCGGUCCACGACAUCUCCGCCAAGAUCCCCUACGACAUGUGGCUGACCGACUAGCUGUCCCUGCUCGGUCCACCACCUCUUCGCCAAGAUCCCCUACGACAUGUGGCUGACCGACUAGCUGUCCCUGCUCGGUCCACGACCUCUCCGCCCAGAUCAUCCACCAGUGGACCUUUGGACCACCUGCUUCUCCUGUUGGACAUGUGGCUGGCCGACUAGCUGUCCCUGCUCGGUCCACCACCUCUUCGCCAAGAUCCCCUACGACAUGUGGCUGACCGACUAGCUGUCCCUACUCGGUCCACCACCUCUUCGCCAAGAUCCCCUACGACAUGUGGCUGACCGACUAGCUGUCCCUGCUCGGUCCACCACCUCUUCGCCAAGAUCCCCUACGACAUGUGGCUGACCGACUAGCUGUCCCUGCUCGGUCCACCACCUCUUCGCCAAGAUCCCCUACGACAUGUGGCUGACCGACUAGCUGUCCCUGCUCGGUCCACCACCUCUUCGCCAAGAUCCCCUACGACAUGUGGCUGACCGACUAGCUGUCCCUGCUCGGUCCACCACCUCUUCGCCAAGAUCCCCUACGACAUGUGGCUGACCGACUAGCUGUCCCUGCUCGGUCCACCACCUCUUCGCCAAGAUCCCCUACGACAUGUGGCUGACCGACUAGCUGUCCCUGCUCGGUCCACCACCUCUUCGCCAAGAUCCCCUACGACAUGUGGCUGACCGACUAGCUGUCCCUGCUCGGUCCACCACCUCUCCGCCCAGAUCAUCCACCAGUGGACCUUUGGACCACCUGCUUCUCCUGUUGGACAUGUGGCUGACCGACUAGCUGUCCCUGCUCAGUCCACGACCUCUCUGUCCAGAUCAUCCACCAGUGGACCUUUGGACCACCUGCUUCUCCUGUUGGACAUGUGGCUGGCCGACUAGCUGUCCCUGCUCGGUCCACGACCUCUCCGUCCAGAUCAUCCCCAAGUGGACCUUUGGACCACCUGCUUCUCCUGUUGGACAUGUGGCUGACCGACUAGCUGUCCCUGCUCAGUCCACGACCUCUCUGUCCAGAUCAUCCACCAGUGGACCUUUGGACCACCUGCUUCUCCUGUUGGACAUGUGGCUGGCCGACUAGCUGUCCCUGCUCGGUCCACGUCCUCUCCGCCAAGAUCCCCUACGACAUGUGGCUGACCGACUAGCUGUCCCUGCUCGGUCCACCACCUCUUCGCCAAGAUCCCCUACGACAUGUGGCUGACCGACUAGCUGUCCCUGCUCGGUCCACGUCCUCUCCGCCCAGAUCAUCCACCAGUGGACCUUUGGACCACCUGCUUCUCCCGUUGAUAUCCUCUUGGACAUGUGGGUUAUUGCUUGGCUCCCUCGUCCAUUUGGUGUCCUUUGUUCUCCAUCGUCCACCCGCCAAGAUCCUCAAGGCAUGAAGGACUGACUCAUGUUGCCAGUAGCUACACUCUUGCUACCUCUUCAUCCAGAUCCACUUACACUGUGCUCACCUAACUACAGCCUGACAAAGAAGAUCCUCAAGGCAUGAGGGACUGACUCAUGUUUACAGUAGCUACACUCUUGCUACCUCUUCAUCCAGAUUCACUUACACUGUGCUCAACUGACUGCAGCCUGACAAAGAAGAUCUUCAAGGCAUGAGGGACUGACUCAUGUGGCAUGUAGCUACACUCUUGCUACCUCUUCAUCCAGAUCAACUUACACUUUGCUCAACUAACUACAGCCUGACAAAAAGAUUCUCAAGGCAUGAAGGACUGACUCAUGUGGCCAGUAGCUACACUCUUGCUACCUCUUCAUCCAGAUCCACUUGCACUGUGCUCAACUAACUACAGCCUGACAAAGAAGAUCCUCAAGGCAUGAGGGACUGACUCAUGUUGCCAGUAGCUACACUCUUGCUACCUCUUCAUCCAGAUCAACUUACACUUUGCUCAACUAACUACAGCCUGACAAAAAGAUUCUCAAGGCAUGAAGGACUGACUCAUGUGGCCAGUAGCUACACUCUUGCUACCUCUUCAUCCAGAUCCACUUACACUUUGCUCAACUAACUACAGCCUGACAAAGAAGAUCCUCAAGGCAUGAAGGACUGACUCAUGUGGCCAGUAGCUACACUCUUGCUACCUCUUCAUCCAGAUCCACUUACACUGUGCUCAACUGACUACAGCCUGACAAAGAAGAUCCUCUCUGGCGUGUAUUUGAUGGACUCGCUCCACAAUUCUGAAAUGUGCGAGCAAAUUGUUCUCGUCAGCUCUUUUCGAACACAGGUGUACAAUAUCUUAGCAUUGCAAGCCAGUCAUUCUGCGUUUUUUUUUCUGUGAUAUCCGAAGCUAAUGCGCCUGUUUCAUUUAUCAUGGUUCUAGAUAAAGGAAUAGUUUCCAUUCUACCAUUUCACUUGUAUCACUGUAAAAUUCAUUCCAAAGUUUACUAACAAGUAAACAGGGUCACAAAGAAGCAUAAUAAAUUAAAAUUUAUUCCGAACAUGUUUAAAGAAAAGGUAGUUAGGAAGGAUCUUGAAUUGUGUUUCAUUUAGAAAAUAAUACGUAAAUGACUUAUUUCCUGAAUUAAUCCGAGAGCUAUAAAUGUGUUGAGGAUAAAAUUGUGGUCAUUUAUUUUAUUUUUGCUCUGUAUCCAGGUUUGGGUAAAAUCAAUUUUUUCUUAAAAAUUCGGUUGAAAAAUAAUUUAGUAUUUUUAAUUUUAAAUCUCAGAUAUAUGCUUUAUAGUAAAUUGCCAAUCUGAAGGCUGCUGGAAUGAUUGACGUUUAUUUCAUUAGAGAUAAUAAUAAUUAUAGUUAUUUGGAAUUGUUAAAUUAAUGUUAUUUGUUAUUUUUUUAUAAAAGUGUUGAAACCAUGUGAUAAAUAUGGACUGUGUGCAUAAUAAACACACUUGUUUUGUA